UGGAAGCUUUUUCACUCCUUGAUUAUUCUCUAAGGUUAUGUCACAGUUUUCUGUUCACCUGAUAUCCUUUUUCCGUGUGCUUUCCUUUCCAGGGGCCAAAGACAUGUGGAGAGCCUACUCGGACAUGAGAGAAGCCAAUUACAAAAAUUCGGACAAGUACUUCCACGCCCGGGGCAACUAUGAUGCUGCCCAAAGGGGACCUGGGGGUGCCUGGGCUGCUAAAGUGAUCAGCGAUGCCAGAGAGGAUGUCCAGAGAGUCACAGACUGGUUUAAGCAUGGAGACAGUGGCCACGGAGUGGAGGACUCGAGGGCUGACCAGGCUGCCAAUGAAUGGGGCCGGAGUGGCAAGGACCCCAACCACUUCAGACCUCCUGGCCUGCCUGACAAGUACUGAGCUGCCUCUGCCUCUGCUCAGGAGAUGGGCUGUGAGCCCCCUGAGGGCGGGGACACCCAGCUAGUGAGUUCUCUGUGCACAGAAGCCAGCAGAUCUAAUAAAUGCUUAGGAGAUGGA